AUGUCCUACGUGCCCGUCCACGAGCGCGUCAAUCCGCCAGAGUACCCCACCUACGCCGACAGCAUGAGCGACAGCGAGCGGAGCGUUCCGGAGGGUCCGUCUAAGAAGCGGCGGAGGGAGGAGCAUACCCCCGAGGUGGACGGGCGACACGCCGCGCCGACCCCGCCGCCAGCCUCUGGCUCUGGCUCCGGCUCUCGGACCGACCACGGCGCACCCGAACCUGCUCCUCCUCCGCCAGCAACAUCGGGGAUCAGCCCGAGCAUAUUCGGCAUCGCGCCGCGGAACGAGGUCACGCGCGUCGUGGGCGACUUCAUCAUGCGGUUCGGGAAGGGCAAGCCGAACCUGGAAAUCGAGGUGAAGCUGGGCACGGUGUGUAAUCCUGGUCCGGAGAAACGCCGCGUCCGCCUCCCCGCGCUGAGCGAGACGCUCCUCCCGCCCGACUAUCCCUCUACCUUCUCCUCAACCAUGUCGAAACAGCAGCACGCGUCGAUCAACAAUCUGCUCAACAGCGCUGUGCAGGAUUCGCGCGGUGCAGUGCGAUUCUCGCGCGAGCAGCAUGUCGACAGUCUCUAUCCCCCGCCUCCGGGACUCUUAGAGUCUAUAGGGCACCACGGCAGCCACAACGACAAAGUGCGUGUCAGCACGGACCGGGGCGGAAACGUCGUCGGCACGAUAGUCAAGACGCGUCUGGCCGAUCUGAACGUCUACUCGCCCGGAGAGUGUUUCGACUGGCGCGUCAGCCUGAGUACGGAAACGCCAGUGCAGUUUGAGCCGAAUAGCCAGCCCGUCAACGUGCGCGAGAAGGACCGCGCGGUUUAUCGCGCAGACACGUGUCGCGUUGACCUCACUGUUGUCACUUCGCGGCAGGGGAAUAAACAGCCCUCCCUCAGCUAUGAGCUCGAGAUUGAAGUGCUCGACGCACCGGGGCUUAUUGCCGAGGGAGAGAAGGAGGAGAGGGGCGAGCCAAACGUGUUUGACGAGGUGCUCCAGAGCGUGCUGGAUACGGCGCGGUUGAUUAUCCGCAAUGUUUAG